AAUGAACGGAACGAAUGGAACAGAUAGUGAAGAUGACUUGAAAGAUUGGUAUGCUAUGUUCAGUUUCUGGUUGGAAGGAUUCAUGGUCCCCAUCAUCUCUAUUCCAGGCAUUAUAGGAAGCGUGUACAGUGUUGUUGCUGUUGCUGUUGAACGAUAUUUCAACAUCUGUAAACCGUUUGAUAGGAACAGGGUAGGGGUUAUGGACGGGUUCGGAUAUAUCCUUGGUAUUGUAAUCUUCUCCUUCUCCUACAACAUCAUCAAGUUCUUCGAGCUGAAAACUGUUUACAACACAUCAUACGAUAAUACAACUAAUAUCAGUACGACCCAACCGAAUGUCGAGCUGACCAGCCUACGGAAAAAUCCUGUUUAUGUGAACACGUAUAUUGUCUGCAACACAAUUAUUAUGGGUGUAUUCCCCCUAUUCCUACUGUGGCUGCUGAACUGGAGAAUUAUUGCUGCCAUGCAGCUCGCAACAAGGAGACAUAAUAAUAUUUCAUCAUUGCAGAGGUAUUUUACACUUUAAACUUUACACCUUGUA